UUAACUAAAUCUGAUGUUCGGAUAGAGAAGAAGUUCAGGAAAAAGGAAAGAAGAUGAUAACUUAGAUUGAGAAAAUUGAGGAGGAAGGGAAACAAAUCGAUACAUUAUAUAUUAAUUUUAAAAUUAAAUACUAGCAAAAGAAAUUAAAAUUUAUAACAUGAUCCAAGAUUAGUACAGAAACAAAAGCACUGUGGUUAGAUUCAAUCGCUUUCUCUCUACACUCCAACCCCCCCCUCUUUCUGAAAAAGAGUUUAAUUCAGAUAUGGAAUCUCUGUGCUUGAAACAUACAGCGUUGUGUGGGGUGCUACUUUCCUUGACAUUGUUUACAGCUCCAGCAAACUGUUUAGAGUCUUGCCAAUUUCCAGCCAUCUUCAACUUCGGUGACUCAAAUUCCGAUACCGGCGGUCUCUCCGCCGCAUUUGGACAAGCACCUCCACCAAACGGCAACACAUUUUUCCAUGCCCCUGCCGGAAGAUAUUCCGACGGCCGUCUCGUCAUCGAUUUCAUAGCUGAAAGCCUAGGAUUACCACAUUUGAGUGCAUAUCUGGAUUCCUUGGGCUCGAACUUCAGCCAUGGAGCCAAUUUUGCGACUGCUGGAUCAACCGUCAGACCUCCAAACUCUACAAUCUCGCAAAGUGGGGCAAGUCCUAUUUCAUUAGAUGUCCAAUUCGUUCAAUUCUCGGACUUCCACAGAAGGAGUCCAUCAUUGCUCAAACAGGGAGGAAUUUUUGCCGCAUUGUUGCCUAAGGAGGAGUUUUUCUCUCGUGCCAUCUACACAUUUGACAUUGGCCAGAACGAUCUCACCGCCGGCUACAAACUCAACAUGACCACUGAUCAAGUGAAAGCAUACGUUCCUGAUGUCCUUUCCCAGCUAUCCAACGUCAUUAGGUCUGCAUAUGCACAAGGAGGAAGAACAUUUUGGAUACACAACACAGGUCCAGUGGGCUGCUUACCAUAUGUUUUGGACCGAUUUCCUGUGACAGCAUCCCAAGUGGAUAAAUACGGAUGUGCCACUCCAUACAAUGAGGUUGCUCAAUAUUUCAAUACUAAAUUGAAGGAGACUGUGAUUCAACUGGGAAAAGAUCUUCCCCUGGCUGCACUCACUUAUGUUGAUACUUACUCCGUGAAGCGCAACCUUAUCACCCAAGCAAAGAAACUUGGGUUUCAGGACCCUCUUGUAGCUUGUUGUGGGCAUGGUGGGAAGUACAACUACAACAAGAAUUACAAGUGCGGAGUUAAAGUUAAGGUGGAUGGUAAAGAAAGAGUGGUGUCAAAAUCGUGCAAAGAUCCAUCAGUUAGGAUUAAUUGGGACGGAAUCCAUUUCAGUGAGGCGGCUAAUAAGUGGAUAUUUCAACAAAUUGCCAAUGGCUCCUUUUCUACUCCACAAAUUCCUCUGAAAAUGGCCUGCAGAAGACAACAUAACUCGCUCACCUGAAUUUUAUGUCCCUUGUUAGGUGUAGAAGGCGAGCAUUGCGCCAAAAGGGUUGGCAAGGAGGAUGCAUUGUGUAUUUUUCAUUAUUAGACUUGUUUGCCAGAGAACAAGUUGAUACUGUUUGCCAAAUAACGCAUUGUUUAUUUUUCAUUUAUAAGGGUUUGUUUUAAAACAUAAAAUAUAAUAAUUAAAAAAUAAAAAUAAAACAACCCUUAUGCUUUAAAACAAAUCCUUAUAGACUACAUAAAUGAUUUCAACUUUC